UCUCUCACACACACACACACACACACACACUCUGUCACUCUUUUGCUCUCGCAGAUCACACAAAUCUCCUCUGAGAUCUAAAACCUCUAAGUAAAUUCCAUUUCUUGAUUCACAGGUUUCUUCUCCACUAAAAACUAUUAUUUUCUUGGGUUUUAUUGCUUAAAGACGAAGCCUUGCCUCAAGAUUUCAAGAUUUGAUUUUGAAGAUAAAUUGCAAAACCCAGAUGGGAACAAUGCACAGAAGUGGUUUAGCUCCUCGAAGAACAAAUGAAAACGCAAAAGUUGUCAUCACGACAAUUCUAGGAAUCGUGGUUGGGACUUUUAUUGGCAUUACAUUACCCUCACUUUCUUUAAAGAUUAACUUUCCCUCGGCACUUAUAUCAUCCCUUGAUGUAGCCUUAUCAGAUGGGCAUUUGUUAUCUACUCACAAAUCCCCUGAAGAUUUCGGUUCAAGAAAAUUUCCUGAGAUAUAUGUUCCAACCAACCCGCACGGUGCAGAACUGCUACCUCCAGGGAUUGUUGUGGCAAAAACCGAUCUUUACUUGCGCAGAUUAUGGGGAGAACCUAAUGAAGAUUUGAAGAAGAAGCCAAAGUAUCUUGUGACAUUUACAGUUGGGUUUGAGCAGAGGAACCAUAUUAAUACAGUUGUUAAGAAGUUUUCUGAAGAUUUUCAGAUUUUGCUUUUCCAUUAUGAUGGCCGGACAACCGAGUGGGACCAGUUUGAGUGGUCCAAGACCGCUAUUCAUAUCAGUACAAGAAAGCAAACAAAAUGGUGGUACGCAAAGAGAUUUUUGCAUCCUGAUGUUGUUUCUGCUUACGAGUACAUAUUCAUAUGGGAUGAAGACCUUGGUGUGGAGCACUUCAAUGCAGAUAAGUACAUUGAGUUAGUGAAGAAGAAUGGUUUGGAGAUUUCUCAACCAGGACUAGAGGCCAACAAUGGACUUACAUGGGAAAUGACAAAGAGGAGAGGUGACAGAGAGGUCCACAAAAAUACUAAAGAAAAAUCAGGAUGGUGUAGUGACCCACAUUUACCUCCUUGUGCUGCGUUUGUAGAAAUAAUGGCGCCUGUAUUUUCCAGAGAAGCUUGGCGAUGUGUGUGGCAUAUGAUUCAGAACGAUCUGGUUCAUGGAUGGGGUCUGGACUUUGCUCUCAGAAGAUGCGUUGAACCUGCUCAUGAGAAGAUUGGAGUUGUGGAUUCGCAGUGGAUCAUUCAUAAAGUGAUACCUUCGCUUGGGAGUCAAGGUAAGUCAGAGAAUGGGAAAGCUCCUUGGCAAGGAGUGAGGGAGAGAUGCAAAAAGGAGUGGACUAUGUUUCAGAACCGAUUAGCAGAUGCUGAUAAGGAGUAUCUUGGGAGGAUGGUGGUGAAAGAAUAAGAAAAUACAUUUGUUUUCUUGUUUAUCAAUUAAAAAAAAAAACUCUUUUUGUAUAUCAAACAUUAUACCUUAUACUAUAGGUUAUGAUGUUAGGGCGUGUGAAACCCUUUUUAUUUGUACUGUAUGAGAGUUAUAGUUUUGAUAUAGCUUUAA